AUGCUGAGUUUAAAAGAUUGCAAGAAUCUCGUGCAUUUUGCAAGCAGUGUACGUGGCUUAAAAUCUCUCGAAGUUCUUAAUCUUUCUGGUUGCUCAAAGCUUGGAAAACUACCAAAUGACAUUGGUCAUUUAGAAAGUUUGGUAGAGGUUGAUGUGAGUGGAACUUCUAUACGAGAACUACCUUGCUCAAUUGGCAUGCUUGAACGACUUGUUUCUAUGUCCUUGAGAGAUUGUAAACAUCUUGUGUGUCUUCCAAGUAGUGUAGGAGUCUUAAAAUGUCUCAAAGAUCUCAAUCUUUCUGGUUGCUCAAAGCUUGACAAAUUGCCAAAUGAGUUGGGCCAUAUAGCUUGUUUGGAAGAGGUUGAUGCGAGUGGGACUUCUAUACGAGAGAUACCUUACUCUAUUGGCAUGCUUGAAGGACUUGUUUCUAUGUCCUUGAGAGAUUGCAAAAAUCUUGUGUGUCUUCCAAGCAGUGUAGGUGGGUUAAAAUCUCUCAAAGAUCUCAAUCUUUCUGGUUGCUCAAAGCUUGAUAAAUUGUCAGAUGAGUUGGGUUGUGUUGCCUGUUUGGAGAAACUUGAUGUGAGUGGAAGUGGCAUAAGAGAAGUGCCAUCCUCUAUUGGUCUUUUGAAAAACCUCAAAAAAUUAUUUCUUGGAGGAUGUAAAGGACAAUCACAUAAAUCAUGGAAUAUGAUCUUCAACCCUUUUCAGUUAUUGCGAAAAAGAAGUCACAUUCCGGCAGGAUUGUCGUUGCCCAAUUUUUCUGGUUUGCAUUCAUUAACCAUACUGGAACUAAGUGACUGCAAUCUUUCUGAAAUUCCCAGUGAUUUUGGAUGCUUAUCCUUGUUAAGAGAGUUAGAUUUGAGCAAAAAUCAAUUUGUUAGACUACCUGAGAGCAUCGGGCAACUCUUUAGACUUGAAUGUCUUCACUUGGAUUCAUGCUGCAAGCUUCAAGCUUUGCCAGAGCUUCCAACUUGUUCAUGUGUAAACAUCAACAACUGCAUUUCAUUAGACACAUUAACCAAUCAAAUAAAGAAAUUGAUGAGUGUUAGCUGUUUCAAAAUGGUGGACAAUGAAAGCUGUAAAAGCUCAGCACUUUCAUUGCUAACACGCUACCUUAAGUUUGAACAUUGGGGUUCUUCAGCACAUUCUAAACCUCAUUUUAGCUUUACUGCUCCUGGAAAUGAAAUACCAGAGUGGUACAAUCACCAAAGUGUGGGGUCUUCGAUAACUGUAGAGCUACAUCCAGGUUGGUUUAGUAACAAGUGGAAGGGAUUUGCCUGGUGUGUUGUUUUUAGACUCCUCAAACCACUCCCGCCUUUGGAUGAGUUUGGCUUACGUUGCUUAUUGAUGGCCAAUGGAGAAUCCUUGGGUCGCUGUUAUCUAGGGUUUGGGGGAAAGUGGGGUAUACCUGUGUUGGAUCACAUUUGGUUCUUUUGUGGACACCGUGAUAAAUAUUCCUUUAAACCUGGGUGGCAGGAUAUCUACUAUCAACUUCAGCUUGAAUUCUCAUUUAUAUCUCAUUUCCAUGUGGAGGGAGGAAUGGAUGAGGAAAUUGGGCAAGUGAAGAAGUGUGGGGUCCGUAUAGUAUAUGAGGAAGAUGCAGCAUCUAGUAGUACUGAAAUUGGUGCAGGUCAGGAAGAGGAAGAAGAACCUCAUCCAAAAAGAUUUAAAGGACUUGAGCUUGACGGGGCAGGACCUAGUGACCAGAAAAGUGGUUAA